AAAAGAAGAAGAAGAACUCAUAACAGAAACAGCAGUCCCUAAUGUAUGGGUAUGUUGCUAAUUACAGCCGAUAUUUAAAAAAAUAAAAUAAAAUGCACAUACUUUUAUUUGAGCUAGUAAAGUAGCUACUGCACUGCCUAUAUGUGCACAAUAACACGUCGCUAAUUUAUAAAUUACGUCUUGCAAUUCGCUGGGUUAGCUUGCUAACUAGAAAGAUUUUAUUUCAUAAAAAAAAAAAAUGUCUUUCUUAUUCGGUGACUUACAGUCCAGACACCUGUACAAAUAAACUAUUAAACGAAUAAAGUUACUGACAAACACUACAUAGACUGGCAUGCUGAAGGCUACGGAACUAGCGAAGUUGUCGUUCGUACUUGUUGGUGAACCUUUGACAUAGUUUGCCUCCCCCCUCAGUCACUUGUCCAACGGCGGGGACGAAAAAUCAACUAGGGAGUCGAACGAACCAAGACGGGAAUAACCAAGGCUAAAAACAACACCCACAGGUAGUUGUUUAUGAGAUGGCGGGUACCAGAAAAGUUCUCGAACUUUUCUAUGACGUUGUAUCCCCGUAUUCUUGGUUGGGGUUUGAGGUCCUCUGUCGCUACAGAAAUGUGUGGAAUAUUGACCUUCAAUUCCGCCCAGCUUUUUUGGGAGGAAUAAUGCACGGAUCAGGCAACAAACCUCCGGGUCUUGUCCCCAACAAAUUUCUGUACAUGGGAAAAGACUUGGCACGGCUGGCGCUGUACUUUGGCGUUCCUCUUGUUAGCCCUGAAAACCCCGCUGAAGUUAUGUUUGAAAAAGGCUCCCUGUCGGCGAUGCGUUUUGUCACAGCCGUGGCGGAGAGCAGAGAAGGCAGGCAGGCGGACGUGGAGAACGUGUCCAGGGAGCUGUGGAAGAGAAUAUGGAGUGGAGACGAAGACAUCACCCUCCCGGCCUCGCUCUCUGAGGCAGGUCUGAAGGCAGGACUGCCUGCUAAUGAAAUUGAGGAGCUUUUGCAACUGGCCAGUUCUCAGAAAAUCAAGGAAAAGUUGAAGAGUACAACCCAGAAAGCAUUAGAUUGUGGGGCAUUCGGAUUCCCUCUGAUAAUAUGCCAUGUUAAUGGGAAGGAGGAGAUGUUCUUUGGGUCAGAUCGAUUCGAGCUCAUGGCACACUGCAUAGGGGAGCAGUGGUUGGGACCUCAGCCCGCCAAGACGAGUGCCAGAAUGUGACCCUCAUCCAUAAAUAUCUGCAGGGUCUCUCCAUCACAAUUUGGCCUGGAUUUACCGUGGGAGCAAUAAUAAUUGUUUUUCCUCAUACAGUGGGGCAAAAAAGUAUUUAGUCAGCCACCAAUU